AUGUCCAUCGCGAAUCUUUCAACCGAGUUACUACAGAGAAUAUAUGAGUAUUCCGACCUCAUUGAUAUUCUCCAUUUGUCCCAGACCUCCAAACAGAAUUACAAUGCGCUACGUGGACGACGUAUGCCCAUCAUAAGGCGAGCAUUGGACAAUGAAUAUGGUCCAAUUCCUAGCCUGGUGAAAUUGGUCAUGAGCGAUGAUUCAACCAAAGGUAGAAGUAUUGUCGGCACAGGAGCACGCCGAAAUGUUGCCGUCGAUCGUAUUAUACAAGUUCCAGACGAGCCCCAUCUCUCAAUCCAAUUAUUGAGCAAAAUGAUGAAAUUUGGCAAAGCUGCUUCUAGACUUGUCGAGAUCUUUCCACAAUUUAGAUGGCGUCUUGAUUACCAGGACAGGAGAUUUCUUUGGCUUCAUGAGCAACAGCGUUUACGUCGGGCUAUCUACAACUAUUGGACUUACGCUACUCUUUUUCACGACGAAAUCUACGUUCAAUUCAACCCCGGUCGUCUCUCGGGCACCCGUGGCAUGGGCUCUUGGUUUCUUCCUCCGGUUGAGAUCAUAUCUGACCCUCGCUUACGUCUGAUAGAAUCCUUUGAUACAAUUGAAAUAUUGCAGCUCACUGAGUUUCUACAGCAUGUGGUCAAGCUCAUUGAACUAGAUCUUUUUCCAUCGGAUUCGACCAUACAAUCUCAGUACAAUUUUACACCUCAAGCAAUUGAGAAGAUUGCGUGGGGACAUGGUGAAUGGUACCGGUGUCUUCUGAGAAAUCUUCUGAGAUAUGACCCUUCGGAUUUCAUCUAUCUUUACGACCAAACUUUUACCAAGUCGGAAAGGACAGAAUAUAUUUUUUCCCGAGGGUUUGAUUUUAGACGUCACAAUACUCCGGCAACUUUAGGUGAUGCAAUAUCUAUCAUUACUGAGAGAAGACGUAAUGCCGCCGGCAAUUCACAUCUUUUUCAUCCUGUGUUGUAUCAAUCUGGCGAUUCGUGUUUGCAGGGGGAUAAUCUGAAAUUUGGUAUAGCUGAUCAUCCUCAUGAGGAGAGCUAUUCGAAUGAUCACCCAUUCAACAAUGAUGGGAAAAUUGUCCUUUCUACUGAUGAGAAUGAAUAA